CUACUUCCGCCUUGAGCCCCGGUGCAUUCUGGGACUCGCUGUCUUCACAGCUUUGUAUUUAACCUUCUUUUUUCGCCAACACGGCACAAAAGCUGACUUCGGUCGUGUAACACCGACGAAGAAGUGACAACACACACAACCAAAGACAAUUGGUCCCGGUGGAAGUCGGUUAAAGUGUAUAAAUAGCACGCACGUAAGUGAACGCGGACUCCAAAGACCGUCGGCGCCCUGGAGGACGGAGGCAUUGCAAACGUCAACACAAGUCCAGGAACAUGAAAAGAUCGGGUGACAGUGAGGGGGAGAAGAGAAGAAAGAAGAGGAAGUUACUGCUGGAGUUGGGAAACCAAAAGAUCCCCUUUCUCGGACCUUCUGAUCAGGGCUUCCAGAAACUGUGGGACUCUAGUUACUCCGGUCUGGUUUUGAGAAGAUCCUGCUCUCUUCCCGCUGAGCUUCACUGCCGGGUCCAGGCCGCUCUGCUCACCAUGAGAAAGAAAGGCUGCCUCUUAAGGGAUCUAGUCCGCGUCCGAGACCGGGAAGUCUUCACUUCUGUGUCCCGGGCCCUGCUGGGUGAGCCGGGCCACACCUAUCGCUACUUGGACACCAGGCUCUUUGCCAUCCCUUGGCACAGCGAGGACACUGGGAAUAAAGGACAGAACUGUUGCGACGCGGAUCUGAGGACGGCCUGCAGAGGCUUGUGGGAGCUAAACACCUUCUUCCGUUCGGACGUGAGUCAGCUAAAAGAAGGAGACAGGCUGGCGCAAUGCGUUAAGGCGAAGGCGACAGUUGAGGCUAAGGUGAGCGAGGAGGCUGAAACGGAGUCCAGAAAUAGCGACGAUUCCAAGAACAGCGAAGGAGGGGAGUCGGAGUCCAGGCAGAGCGAGGAAGGGGACACGGAGUCCAAGCACAGCGAAGAAUGGGACGUGGAAUCUAAACACAGCGAUGAAGGUUGCUCCGGGUCGAAAAGGGAAGGCGACUGGGAGACGGGGUCCAGAAACAGCAGCGAGGAGGGAGAAUCCUCACAAGGCAAAGAAGCAGGUGUGGAAGGAGCAUGUCCCACCUGGGCAACUAAAAGUGUACCACCAACAGAAGACCGAGUGGGCGUCCCUGUGGCUCACCUCAAACACAGUCCGCCAGACUACCACAUUGAGGACAAGGAGGGGCUGCAAGUGGGCUGCUCUGAGCCCAGUCCUCCGCAGGUACGCACCGCGUCCACCAAGUUCAACGUCACCUUGCUCAACUACAUGGACCCGGCGUCCAUGAGCCAGCUCAAAGAAGAGCCCUACUACGGUAUGGGGAAGAUGGCGGUGGGGUGGCACCACGACGAAAACCUGAUCAGUCGUUCGCCCGUGGCCGUCUACAGCUACAGCUGCAACGACUACAAAGGCGAGAGCAGCGAAGGCGGCGCAGGCGAGAAGCCGAGCUGGAGGAUCGGGCUGAAGGUAGCCUGGGACAUCCACACACCUGGCCUGACGCUGCCCCUGGAGUCUGGAGACUGCUAUUAUAUGAGAGAUGACCUGAAUAACACCCACCAGCACUGCGUCCUGGCAGGAGACGCCCCACGCUUUAGCUGCACCCACAGAGUAGCCGAGUGUUCCACUGGGACUCUGACCUACAUCCAGUCUCGGUGCGGAGAGGCCCUUUCCAACCUGCACACGUACCCGGAGAGCGGCUCCCACAGCCUGGUGACCUUGCGGCCAGCCACCCUGCAACACUGUGAGGAGAUUCACAAUGAGGUGGAGUUCGAGUGGCUGCGACAGUACUGGUUUCAGGGCCAGCGCUACACCCGUUUCUGCAGCUGGUGGAGCAAACCCAUGGAGGAUCUGGAGAAGGAGUGGAAGCUCAUGGAGACCAUGUGUCGCCAUCUCUUUCUAAUGCUGUGGAGCGGCCAAGGAAACCACAACCUGCGUGUGUCUCCAUAUUUGGGAUUCCUCUAUGCACUCAAAUCGAAUAUAAGGGACGUUAAAUAUAGCAAUGAAAAAAAAAAAAGAAAAAUUCAAUAAAAAAAUUAAAAUAAUUACAAACAAUGAUAUCGCUUGUUAUAAAUAAUACAAAGAAGUGUGUAAGUGUGUGUAAAUAUUUUGCGAUCUUUCAGACAAAAAAAACAAACAUAAUAUAAUAGUAAAAUAAUACCUGGAAAAGUUAUUUAAAUAAUUUUAAUAUAAAAAAAUAAGUUAGAAAAUACUAAUAAUUAUGAAGAAUAAUACAAUUUCAUAUAAAUAGGGAAAAAAUAUAUUAGCGUGUGCUCAAGUAAUAAUUUUCUUCCAUGCUCCAUAAUAUAAAUGCAAUGCAGGGGAUGAAAGACCAUUUUUUCCCCCCAAAAGUACAUACAUUAAAUAAAAUAUAAACUAAAUGAAUACAAAUAUCGUUUUUUAAAAGCAAUCAUAUAAUAUAAAGAAGUGUAAAACUCUUGAGUUUGUGUGUCCGUGUUUACAUUUCUAUUUUAUCCAUUCAUGUGAAUGUAAACGCCUAAAUCAUAGUACAAAAAGAUACAAAAUUAUACAUCAACAUAUGUCAACAAAUAAAUUUGAAAAAAAGUCCUCUAAAUGAUGGUAAAUAUUACUAAGAAGUGAUAUAUAAAGAAGCCAAAUGAGUGUGUCUACGUUUGUGUUUCUUUCCUGGAAGGAAUUGAAUGAAUAUAUUUAAAAAAUAAUAGAUAAUGUCAAUAUUACAAUAUAAUUAUUAUUCACACAUGGAUUUGUAGUGGAGAUACAUGCUUUUGAGAAUGAUGGAUACAUAAUAGUGUACUUUUUUUUUUUUGUCUCGGCUAUUCUGUGAAUUUAUUUCGUAGUAGUUUUUAUUAAUGGGGGAAAGAAAAAAAAACAUUACAUUUGCAGGCGCUCACAAAUGUAAUAAUUCACCGGCGUGAUGAAAGACAACAUUUAUUGCUCUGGCAAGCGAUAUUUACAUUCCCCUGUUCGGCGACCUCUCGAUACGCUGAUGAAAAGCACUUCAUGCAUGUGACUUAUAGAUUUGGUGGUAUGCUGAGGGGGGCUGUGGUUGUCAUUUCUCUUCUUGCUUUAUUUAAAAUACGUAUACAUUACUUUAUUAGAUAUCAUUUCACACGGCCAACAAUUUGUAUUUAUUUAGAAUUUUCUCACACUGUCUGUGGAUUUCAUACAAACACCUCAGACGAAAUGUUGUAUACAGAAAAAAAAUGCAUACAUUAUCAUAUUGUAUGUAAUAAAAAGCUACGGUGUUCAACAUAAUUUUUCCAGUAGGAAAUCAUGGAAAUUAAAAUAGUCCGUUCUUAACACAACAUUUUCAUAAAGAGGACAUUUUCAUGAAGAGGAAAAAUAUCAACCAAUGUAGUAAAAUGUAAUGAUUAUUAUUUUGUAAUAUAUUAUUUACAUAAAAAAACAACUAUUUAGAAUGGAUUAGUAUUAGUUAUUUUUGAUUUUUAAUGAGAUAUAUUUUUAGAUGUUACCCUAAUUUGCUUGGUCAGCUUAAACACAAAGCUAUGUUGAUGUUUUGUUCAGAUAGCUUAGCAAUCAACCAAUAUUGGUAUGAGCAUCAUUAAUGCACACAAUAUAGCAAUAAAUAACAUUAAAAAGGUAGUUCUCUACUACAAA